GUGCAGAUGUCUACGAUAGAGCAGACACUUGAGGACACCGGCUCGGCAUACAGAAGACAUUUAAAGGGGUAGGUGCUCGGGAAAGUAGGACAUUUUAAGGAGACUAUGGAGGACAUACAUAAAAGAGCAUGGGCUGGGGUUUGAGAAUACAUUUAUUAAAGAGGCACGGAUAAAGGCGUUGCUUGUCAAGGGCCUAGUUAGAGAAGACUCAAAGGAACGUGCACUCUUGUUCUCCUCCAUUGUCAUUUGUGGCUUCUCCAGGUUUCCUCGACCCAGGACCCCCUGUUUCCACGCUAUGGCCCCCAGUGCCCUGUAGAUCUGGCGGGACGCCCGUACUUACGACCCCUGUUUUGGGGUCAGGGUGGCUACUGGAGAGCCUUGCAGAGAGACAGAGAAGACAGGACGAUGGCAUCUAGGGCCUCUGAACCUUCUUCCCCAGGGCGCAGUGUGACGGCCGGCAUCAUCAUUGUUGGAGAUGAGAUCCUCAAGGGACGCACUCAAGACACCAACACCUAUUUUCUAUGCCGGAUGCUGCGCUCCCUGGGGGUCCAGGUGUGCCGAGUCUCUGUCGUACCUGAUGAGGUAGCCACUAUUGCAGCUGAAGUCACUUCCUUCUCGAGCCAAUUCACCCAUGUCCUCACGGCCGGGGGUAUCGGCCCCACUCAUGAUGAUGUGACCUUUGAGGCAGUGGCACAGGCCUUUGGGGAUGAGCUGAAGCCACACCCUGAGCUGGAAGCCGCCAUCAGAGCCCUAGGAGGGGUGGGACGGGAGAAGAUGUCUCUGGUGCCCUCCUCUGCCCGCCUGCACUACGGCACAGAUCCUCAAACUGGCCGCCCCUUCAAAUUCCCACUGGUCUCUGUCCAAAAUGUCUACCUCUUCCCAGGCAUUCCAGAGCUGCUGCGCCGAGCGCUGGAAGGGCUAAAAGGACUGUUCCAAAACACAGCUGUUCAGUUCCACUUGCGGGAGCUGUAUGUGGCUGCUGAUGAGGCUUCUAUUGCCCCCAUCCUGGCGGAGGCCCAGGCCCACUUUGGUCGCAGGCUUGGCCUGGGUUCCUACCCUGACUGGAACAGCAACUACUAUCAGGUGAAACUGACCCUAGACUCGGAGGAAGAAGAAUACCUGGAGGAAGGGCUGGCCUACCUGACUGCCCGUCUGCCCCAAGGAUCACUGGUCCCCUACAUGCCCAAUGCUGUGGACCAGGCCAGCGAGGCUGUAUACAAACUCACAGAAUCAGGGUCUCCUCUGGGGCAAAAGGUGGCAGGUGCCCUGCAGAUAAUUGAGACAGCUCUGGCUCAGUACAGCCUCACCCAGCUCUGUGUGGGCUUCAAUGGAGGCAAGGACUGCACCGCCCUCCUGCAUCUCUUCCACGCAGCUGUGCAGAGGAAAUGCCCUGAUGCCCAAGAACCCCUCCAGAUCCUGUAUAUCCGCAGCAUCUCCCCUUUCCCUGAGCUGGAGCAAUUUCUACAGGACACCAUCAAGAGGUAUAAUCUGCAGGUGCUGGAGGCUCAGGGUGACAUGAAGCAGGCCCUGGGUGAGCUGCAGGCACGGCACCCCCAGCUAGCGGCCGUCCUGAUGGGCACCCGUCGCACUGACCCUUAUUCCUGCAGCCUCCGCCCCUUCAGCCCCACCGACCCAGGCUGGCCUUCAUUCAUGCGUAUCAACCCACUACUGGACUGGACCUACAGAGAUAUCUGGGACUUUCUGCGUCAGCUGUUUGUCCCAUACUGUAUCCUGUAUGAUCGAGGUUACACAUCGCUGGGGAGCCAGGAGAAUACAGUGCGGAACCCAGCCCUGAAGUGCCUGAGCCCAGGAGGACACCCCACCUAUCGCCCAGCCUACCAACUAGAGAAUGAGGAUGAGGAGCGGAACUCCCGCACUUGACCUCCAACCCCUGCCCAUUCAGGAGGGAGGGAAGGUGGCUGUUCUGGGGUAUAACCUGUCAAUAAACAAUGCCUCUCAACUGUG